AUGGAUCUGGUCGUGGAAGAUACACGUCUGUCUCUCGUGGAAAAAGAAAGGGCUCUGGUGGCUCUGGUGGUUCACGGACCGUCACUGGUCGUGGAGGAGGAACCGCCAGAAGUGCUGGAUGAGGAGCCGCCAAUUUUCGUGGAAGAGGAAUCGUCGGAGUUCCAAGAUCCACUGAUGAAGGCAGUGUUGCCUCCAAACUCCGAGCCGCUUCACCUGUCGACAGUGGAGGUGGGUCCAAAUGGAAAACCAUCCUCUGUGAAGGCGGUGGUGGCACUGGAGCCGAUGCCGGUGGUUCUACAUUCACCGGCGGUGUACAUGAAUCGUCAGAAAGACCUGUGA